UCUCAAACCCACCGGCCACUGCGGUUAUCGACAGCACCAGGUCCUCCACGAAUCGAGUCGCCGCGAGCAGAGGUCAUGGCGGAUUCGGCCGCGCCCCGUCCAACCGUCCUCGUCACCGGCGCCGGCGGCCGCACAGGCCAUAUUGUGUACAACAAGCUGAAAGAGAGAUCCGAGCAAUUUAUCGCGAGGGGCCUAGUGAGGACAGAGGAGAGCAAACAGAAAAUUGGGGGAGCAGAUGAUGUUUACAUUGCUGAUAUAAGGGAUGCAGAUCAUCUAGUGCCUGCUGUUCAGGGUGCUGAUGCUCUCAUAAUCCUCACAAGUGCCGUCCCGAAGAUGAAACCGGGUUUCGACCCUAGCAAAGGUGGGAGACCUGAGUUCUACUAUGAAGAUGGAAUGUACCCUGAGCAGGUGGAUUGGAUUGGCCAAAAGAAUCAGAUUGAUGCUGCCAAAGCUGCUGGAGUUAAGCAUAUAGUGUUGGUGGGAUCCAUGGGAGGAACAAAUCCUAACCAUCCAUUGAACAGUCUUGGUAAUGGCAACAUACUGGUAUGGAAGCGCAAGGCUGAACAGUAUUUGGCAGACAGUGGGGUCCCUUAUACAAUUAUAAGGCCUGGAGGUUUGCAAGAUAAAGAUGGAGGAGUGAGGGAGUUAGUUGUCGGAAAAGAUGAUGAACUUCUCCAGACUGACACAAAGUCUAUUCCUAGAGCUGAUGUGGCUGAAGUUUGUGUUCAGGCUCUGCAGUAUGAAGAGGCAAAGUUCAAGGCGUUUGAUUUGGCUUCAAAGCCUGAAGGUGUGGGCACACCAACGAAGGACUUUCGGGCGCUGUUCUCCCAGAUCAUGGCUCGGUUUUGACCGAUCCGCUAAGAAUCCUAAGGUCUACACACCGUUGGUUUCCAUGGUGUUGCAUUCCAUUGCUUGUGGACUUGUACUAGAUAUAUAAAACUAAGUAGCUUGUGUAAUGGGGAGCUGUAAUUUGGUGUGAAUCCAAGUGUGAUUGCAAAAUCGCAUUGUCAAACUACUGAAAGGAAUCGGUGCCUUAUUGUAAGAUCCUUUUUCUUUCGAUAAAGUAAUCCGUGCCUUAUUCUAAGA